AAGCAUUUAUUGUAAGAAAAAAUAAUAAUAAAUCAGUAGAUAAAACAAACGCUUUGGUUUCUUCACUCUCAGCUGCAUCUUUUUAAAGCAAAUUCUCUUUUCAGGCUUGAAAUUGCACCUAAAUUUCUUAUGAGAAUUCUUGUGGGGAGAAAUCCUUGGAGCAAUAACCCUCAAGUUUGGAAAUUCAGACUCUCUUUCCAGCUACUUAAGCACUCCAAAUGAGUAGUAAAACUCAGUCAUUCAGAGUUUUUGUGGCAACCUGGAAUGUGGGAGGAAAAUCUCCUCACAGUGGGCUCAACUUGGAUGGAUUUCUUCAAAUCAACAAUCCAUCAGAUAUAUAUGUCUUAGGUUUCCAGGAAAUUGUGCCAUUAAAUGCUGGAAAUGUGCUUGUUGUAGAAGACAAUGAACCAGCUGCAAGAUGGCUAGCUUUAAUUGAUCAAUCACUGAACAAAUCAUGUAGCAUGGCUUCAAGAGCACCAAAAUCCUUGUCCCCACUUGGCAGUUCACUUCUGUUUCAAAAGCCUUCUCUUAAAAGAAUCUGUAAGAAUUUAAGGACUGAGAGUGGAAGAAGGAUGAAGACUUGCAAUUGCAGUCAUGCAUUGGAAAGGAAAUAUAGCAAGGAUUUCUGUUUAUGGUGCCAACCAAAUAAUACAAGCGAGGAUGAAUUUUCCUUAGAGAUUGAAGAAGAUGAUGGACUUGGAAACUAUGUAUUAUCAUCUUCAGAGAUUUCCACUCCCAUUACUGUCAACCAGAUGAAGUACAGCCUUGUAGUGGGUAAACAAAUGGUUGGAAUUUUUGUUACGAUCUGGGUAAGAAAAGAGCUUGCUCAAUAUGUUAGCCACUUGAGGAUCUCUUGCAUUGGUCGUGGGAUCAUGGGCUGCCUUGGAAACAAGGGAUGUAUAUCUGUAAGCAUGUAUCUCCAUCAGACAAGUUUCUGUUUUGUGUGCAGUCACUUGGCAUCAGGAGAGAAAGAGGGAGAUGAACUCAGGAGAAAUUCUGAUGUGAUAGAGAUACUUAAAAAUACACAAUUUCAGAGGAUUUGCAGAUCACCUUAUAGUCGGGUGCCUGAGAAAAUUAUAGAACAUGACCGUGUCAUAUGGUUAGGGGACUUGAAUUACAGAAUAUCUUUGGGCUACUCUGAAACCCGUAAGCUUCUGGAGCGUUGUGACUGGCGUGCUCUAUUUGACAAUGAUCAGUUAAAAAUUGAGAGAGAAGCUGGGCGUGUCUUCAGGGAUUGGAAAGAGGGAAAAAUCUACUUCGCACCUACUUACAAAUACUCCUACAACUCAGACAAUUAUGCUGGGGAGACAACAGAAACAAAAAACAAAAGAAGAACUCCAGCUUGGUGUGACAGGAUACUGUGGCGUGGCAGUGGGAUACAGCAACUUUCUUAUGUACGAUGGGAAUCUCAGUUUUCCGACCACCGACCUGUACUUGCAACAUUUAUGGUGGAUGUACAUGUUACCGAGGAAGGAUCCAAGAAGGGAUCAUCAAGCUUUAGAAUGAAAAUUGAAAGCGAAGAGCACAUACCUCUAACAAGAAAAUAAAGGCAAGCGGUGUGUAGAUUCAUCGGCAAAUUUCAUGAUUAUUGUUGUUACACAUAUAGCAUAUAGUGAAUUCUGGAGCCCAUAGGUGACCCAUUUCAAUUUUCAAUAUCUCUCGUUUACAUAGUAAGUUAAUUCUUAUUUCAAAUUAUAUAAAUUUCAUAUUUAAC